UCUGCUUGCCUAAGCAUACACAGGAGGAACAAACCCAACUUUCCACAUCUUAUUUAUACAAGUUUACUAGCAAUAACUUUUCAUGUAGUGAACUAGUUUGAAUGAUUAGUGAGACACACAGAACCAUGGGGUCUGUGGAGUACCAACCAUUGCUAGACUCAAACACAAAGGUUUCAUCUUUGUCAGCUGAUGCCAUUGAGGAAUUCUUAGAACACAAGCCAAUCGAGGCACGGUGGUGGCUGAAGCUAGUUGCUUGGGAGUCAAGGCUCCUCUGGCUCCUCUCUGGUUCUUCCAUUAUUGUAUCCAUUUUCAAUUACAUGCUAAGCUUUGUAACAUUGAUGUUCACUGGCCAUUUGGGGUCUCUAGAGCUCGCUGGAGCUUCCAUAGCUAGUGUUGGAAUUCAAGGUCUUGCUUAUGGAAUUAUGUUGGGGAUGGCGAGUGCAGUGCAAACAGUGUGUGGCCAGGCUUAUGGAGCUGCGAAACACGUGGCAAUGGGAGUCAUAUUGCAAAGAGCAAUCAUCUUACACAUAGGUGCAGCAGUGCUACUCACUUUUCUUUAUUGGUUCUCCGGACCUUUUCUAAAAGCCAUAGGUCAAUCAGACAGCAUAGCCGCGCAGGCGCAGAUUUUUGCCCGAGGACUAAUCAUUCAGCUCUACGCAUUCGCGGUAACCUGUCCAAUGCAGAGGUUCCUCCAAGCACAGAACAUAGUGAAUCCUUUGGCAUACAUGUCAGUUGGUGUGUUCCUUCUGCAUGUUCUUCUGAGUUGGCUAGUUGUCUAUGUUUUCGAUUAUGGACUUCUUGGUGCAGCACUCACACUCAGCUUUUCUUGGUGCAUUCUUGCUUUGUUGAAUGGUUUGUACAUUGUUCUUAGCCCAAGGUGCAACCAAACUUGGAAUGGCUUUACUUUAAAAGCCUUCAAAGGAAUUUGGCCUUAUUUCAAGCUCACACUUGCUUCUGCUAUCAUGUUAUGUUUGGAGAUAUGGUACAAUCAAGGACUAGUGCUUAUAUCAGGACUGCUCUCAAAUCCAACUAUUUCACUGGACACGAUUUCAAUUUGUAUGAACUACUUGAACUGGGACAUGCAAUUUAUGUUAGGACUUAGUGCAGCUGCAAGUGUGAGGGUUAGCAAUGAAUUAGGAGCAGCACAUCCAAGAGUAGCAAAAUUUUCGGUGUUUGUAGUAAAUGGAACGAGCGUCGCGAUCAGUAUAGUAUUUUGCGCCAUUGUCUUGAUCUUCAGGGUUGGUUUGAGCAAGCUUUUCACUACUGACUCUGAAGUUAUUGAGGAUGUUUCUAACUUAACUCCAUUGCUAGCCAUGUCUGUUUUCCUUAAUGGCAUUCAACCUAUACUCUCAGGAGUUGCAAUUGGAAGUGGAUGGCAAGCUAUAGUUGCUUAUGUUAACUUGUUUUGUUACUAUGUUAUUGGUCUUACUGUUGGAUGUGUCCUUGGCUUCAAAACAUAUUUAGGAGUAGCUGGUAUCUGGUGGGGAAUGAUCCUUGGAGUUUUCAUACAAACAGUAACUCUUAUAAUUCUGACUGCAAGAACAAAUUGGGAUAAUGAGGUUGAGAAAGCUGUCAUUAGAAUCAAGAGAUCUGCAGAAGAUGAUACCUUAGAACAAUUGGUUGCUGAUGCUUAGAAUAAUAAUUUACAUCACUUUUCUCUGAGCUUAGUAGAAAUGCUGAUUACCAAGCACAAUGAUGUUGUAGUUCAUGAGGGUUUCUUUGUGUCUUCACAUAUUUUUGGUAUCAAAUAAGG